AUGGACUCGGGACACCCGCCUCCUAACGACAAUGGCUUGCCGAGCCUCGCAAUUGGCUCUCCUGGUACUUAUAAGAAACGACGAGUCUUCGACUAUUCUAGGUCCAGCAUGCCGGGUCCUCGGAUCAACCGAGCCGUGGUGAUUCGCUCUAUGUCACUGGAUGCCCAGUCAGGUGCAAGUCCAUACUUUGCUUCUUUCCGCCGUAUCCUUGCAAACGAACUCGAGGUCCUUGGUCAUGAAAUCACUACACACUAUUAUCAUCUGUACGUACAGCAGAUCGACUUUCGCCAGCACCCCAGGAACAGCACCCUUUGGUGCGAUAUACCCCUACCAAAUCUUGGCGAAUACAAACCUCCGAUCGAGCUUGGCGACUCUGUGUUACUACGUGAGAGCCUCAACUCCUCGAAAUCGCUACUCGAGGCUCGUGUGGAUCAAAUCGACCAGUCCAAGAAAGAAGUGAUGCUUCGCGUCUUUAAUGAUGAAAAGAUUGAAUUUUCGGGGCAUGAGCGAUACCAAGUGCACUUCUCCGUGCCUUCUGAUCGGUUCGAGGCUCAAACAUAUGCACUUGCCUUGAUUCAAAAAGAAAUCGAUGAUUCUCAACCAUCGAACCAUUGGGUUAGCUGCAUGCUGCAUCCGGCAGGACUCCCGUCGACAGGGCUUAUUACGGAUCCGGUUGAGCCUAAAUACUUCGACAAUGACCUGAAGCCUGAGCAGCAGGAAGCUGUGGCUCGGGUCCUGCAGAAGGACUGCAGUGAGGCGCCUGUGCUGAUUAAUGGCCGGCCUGGAUCAGGCAAGACCCAGACCAUCCUCGAAUGCGUACUGCAAUUCAUUUCGAACAGCAAAAAACAUACCCCGCAUAUCCUACUCUGCAUGGCAUCUAAUCAUGCCGCUGACAUCAUCACCCAACGUCUCGGUCAGCAUCUGAAGCACAAAGAAUACCUGCGGUUCGUUGCGCUCCCGCGGUUAAGACGUGAUGUGCCUGACCAUCUCGUUCCUCACGCAAAUCUCGACAAACAUCAUAAUGGGCUCAGGCUGCCCUCACUUGCCGACCUCAGGGCCUACAAGGUCGUAGUAACUACUUGGCAGGAUGCAGCUGCGUUGGCCAUGGCAAGGUAUACGAACGAAGAAAUCUUCAAGUUUGACUACGGUCACAUAAACCCACCAGGAGCCGUAAAACAGAGGAUCGAGCUUCACUGGGAUGCGCUCUUUAUAGACGACGCCGCGCAACUCACAGAGCCCGACACCGCAAUUCCCUUCAGCGUGGUUAUGCCGCCCAAGUGGAUAGCAGACAUCAUGUCCAACCCCAUCUUCGUAAUGGCAGGCGAUCAAACCGAGCACGCAACACGCGCCAUGUCCGACGACCUGAAAGUCAGUCUCUUCCGCCGACUGGCCGAACGAGAUGGCACAAAGGUCAUCCGCUUGGCCGACAAUCCCGAGUGGGAAGCCCUGUUCGAAGGUCUACACCAGCCCAUAUACUAA